ACAGAGAGAAGCUUUCUAAUCUGUUAUAGGUUAAAGUAGGACCUCUGACUUUACAUUUUAACCCAUGAAUACACAAAGACAGACUUUUAGAUGUACCCCUAGUUGCAGGUCCUGUUUUAUAACGUUGAUUCCGCUAACUUACAAACCGCUUAGCUUGUUUUAUGUACAGUUAGCUUAGCUAGCACUGGUAGCUAUGUUUACAGAGCUCAACAGUAUCCUGAACAGCACUCCCGACAGCUUCACAAGGAAAGAGUUUGUGUUGUUGUCAGACAGACAGAGUGAUGCCUCUUUCCUCAUCCACCACUUCCUGUCCUUCUACCUUAGAGCAAGAUGCAAAGUGUGUUUUCUGGGUCUGGUGCAGUCCUUCAGUCACUACAGUGCAAUAAGUCAAAGGCUGGGUGUGAGUCUAACACAGGCAAAGGAGAAAGGUCAGCUGAUCUUCCUUGAGGGACUGAAGGAGUCGCUGUCGAUUUUGAUUCCUCAGGAAGGAAACGCUGAAAGUCAAGCCGUGGACUUCCUGAGGGAUCCCACUGUUGGCCUGCGGUGUCUGUAUGAGUUUGUCCAGUCCAGUCUGAGCAGUUCCGGCGGUGGGGAGGAUGGGACAGAGGAGUGGGGGCCUCCUGUGUUGCUGGUGGAUGACAUCAGUGUGCUGUUGAGUCUGGGAGUGAAUGCUGGAGCCGUGCUGGACUUCAGCCACUACUGCAGAGCCACAGUCUGCUCCCAGCUACAGGGGAACAUGGUGAUGCUGGUACGCUGCGAUGGGGAAGAAGAGGGCGAUGACGGAGACGAUGAAGGCCCAGAGCUGCUCCUGAAGGGUCUCACCCACCAGUGUAGCCUCACUCUUCAUGUUCAGGGUCUCCCAACUGGCUACUGCAGGGACAUACACGGGCAGGUGGAGGUGUGUUGGAGGAGGAGACAAGGCGAUGGGCAGCACACACAGAAGAAACUCUUUCAGUACAAGGUCCACGAUAAGGGAGCUUCCUUCUUCGCUCGUGGGACAUCCAGUGCCGUCCUCUAGCGCCGCCGCUUAGCAUCCUUGUUUUGUUCUCUUUUACAUUUUGUUUUGAUAUCGCAAGACAUUGCAAAAAUGGCUGGUGCAUUAGCCAAGCUUUACAUAUGGCUGAUCGGUAAGCCAGCCUGAACCUCUGGAGGAGCAGCAGCACCGUGAUCCGGGUUCCAGACCUCUGAACGGUAGCCCGCCUGUGGAGCUAUCGGUCCUCAGUAUGUGGUCCCUUUGCUGUCAGCAGAAACACACAGAUCAUGGGACUGCCGGUGCUUGGAAAAUACUCCUGGAGCUGUAAUGCAACUGGAUAUUUAUACCAAUAAAAAUCCAUUAAAACAUUAA